UGUGGUGAAGUGUGACAAGUGACAGCUGACGUUUGUGUCAUGGUUGCCUAAACAAAACAAGGCGUAAAACACCCGUCUUUUCAUUUCGUUCAAAAUCUGCAAUUAUUACUUUACAAUGAAUCAACUAGAGGAUAAAGUACUCAACGUUACUCAAGCUAUUGAACGUCAGGUGGAUGCGGCUAUCGAACAUAUUGAAAAUUUGGACAUCAACGACCUAGAGACACUCCGCAAGCAACGCAUAAACGAACUGAAACAAAAGGAGGCGCAGCGCCACGAAUGGCUCUCGAGUGGGCACGGACAGUAUGAGGAACUAGCCGAAGAAAAAAUGUUCUUUGACGUUAUCAAAAAAUCCAAGAAUUGUGUUAUCCACUUCUAUACGAAUUCGUCACCAAGGUGCGCUAUCGUCGACAAACACUUGAAGAUUCUAGCACCUAAACACAUCGAAACUAGAUUCGUUUCAUUGAAUGCUGAAAAGUGCCCAUUUUUGGCACAAAAUCUCAAAAUUAAAACAAUUCCGUCGAUCGUGCUAGUUCACGAGAGCGUGAUGGUUGAUAAAAUCGUGGGUUUCACCCAACUUGGUAACCGCGAUGAUUUCUCAACGGAAUUACUCGAGUGGAGGAUUGCUCAGAACCGAAUUAUUGAUUAUGAGGGCGAUUUGUCAACUCCGCCACAUUUGCAAGAGAAAAAGAGCAAAAAUAGUGGGAAGAAAAUUCGUGACAGUGCUUACAAUAAAGACGACGACGACUUGGAUAUUGAAGAGUAUGCGCUGGCACGUGAUUGUCUGAAAAGUGGAGAUGGUUUGAACAAGGUCAAUUAUCAGUCGACUGAUUUGACACCUGAAGAAGCUGCUGAACUAGGACUUGACUAAUCUCAUUUUUAUACAGCCUUAUAUUAAAAUUUAUUCAUUUGCUUAAUAAAAAAUUACUUACAAGAAA